AUUUGUAAUCAUGUUGUUGUUGUUACUUUUUUUUUAAUGACAAUGAUGUUUAAUCUCUUGUCUAAUUAUAUCCCGCAGAGUCUACAAAGCAGCCUGCACCCCCAGGGCGGCCUCGGCGUCGUGUCGCUCAGCGUCAUCUACGGCACCACGGUGCUGUCUUGCCUUAUGGCGCCCUGGCUCAUCAACCGGAUGACCACGAAAUGGACGAUGGUGCUGGCCUUCUCGCUGUUCACCGCCUACUUCGCCGCCAACUUCUACCCGCGUCACUUCAUCAUCAUCCCCCUCAGCGUCAUCCUGGGCGGGCUGGCCGGCCCCAUGUGGAGCGCGCAGGCGACCUACGUCACGACCCUCGCCCUCACCUACGCCCAACAUCGGCGCAUCAUCUUCGAGUCGGACGACGUCAUCAACCAGUUCAUGGGCGUGUUCUUCGGGUUCUACCGCUGCAGCCAGAUUUGGGGGAACAUCAUAUCAACUCUCAUACUGACGCGAAACGAAACCGACUCGUCCUCGAACGCAACUUUUGACCUUAGUAUGGAUUGGGAAGGGAGCCCCCCUUGCAAUUCGACCUCGCCGGGAGGUUUCCUUGCCUACGCGGCCAUGAACGAUCGCGUCACGGUAAACUCCUCGGCUCCGACGACGUCGGUGACCGCGAAGGAGUUGCGAUCUUCUUGCGGGGCCAGCACCUGCAACUACCUCAACGGCAUCAUCGCCUCGCCGGCCGACGGCACCUACAGCAACGACAUCAACGACCUCGGGGCGUCCAUCUCGGAGUCGACCCGCUACAUGCUGCUGACCACGUACCUGGCGUGCGGGGUCAUGGCCGCGGUGGUCGUCAUGUCGCUCCUGGAUCAGAUCCACGUCGGCAAGACGGAGGCGGACCCCGAGUUCUCCCAGUCGUCGUGGGAGCUGUGCCUGUCCACGGUCAAGAUGCUCAAGGACACCAAAUGCCUGCUGCUGAUGCCCAUGGUGGUGUUCGUGGGGCUGGAGCAGGGUUUCAUGUUCGGGGAUUUCACAAAGGUGAGUACAAGAAACAAAUGA